GGAGCCACGCUUACAGGUGUAUAAGUUCUGCAGGUUUAAACGAGUCAUGCAAUUGAUACCAGUAAGCUACCCAAGUGACCGAGUGACCGAGUGACCGAGUGACCGAGGGAGAGCGUGGAAGGAGCACAACCUCGGGUUUUAAGAAGAGAAACCUAAAGACUCCUUCAAUAUGGCUUUCAACACACUGACCUCAAGAGCUGUUCUGUUCUAUGAUGAGUGGAUUAAGGAAGCAGAUCCACGAACCGGGAACUGGCUGCUUAUGGCCUCCCCUUUCCCUCAAACAUUCAUAAUCACUGCCUACAUCUACUUCGUGACAUCGCUGGGGCCUCGGCUAAUGGAAAACCGUAAACCCUUUGACCUCAAGCGUCCAAUGAUCAUCUAUAACUUCAGCAUUGUGGCAUUUUCCCUCUACCUGAUUUAUGAGUUUCUCAUGUCUGGUUGGGCGAAUGGCUACACCUAUGGGUGUGACCUCGUGGAUUAUAGCAGUUCUCCUCAGGCUCUCAGGAUGGCAUGGACCUGCUGGCUGUACUAUUUCUCCAAGUUUAUUGAGAUGCUUGACACUAUUUUCUUUGUCCUGAGGAAAAAGAACAGCCAGGUUACUUUCCUUCACGUCUACCAUCACUCCAUCAUGCCCUUCACCUGGUGGUUUGGGGUCAGAUUCGCCGCAGGUGGUCUGGGAACCUUCCAUGCCCUGCUGAACUGUGUCGUCCAUGUCAUAAUGUACACCUACUAUGCUCUCUCUGCCCUGGGACCUGCCUACCAGAAGUACCUAUGGUGGAAAAAGUAUAUGACCACCAUCCAGCUGAUUCAGUUUGUGCUGAUCACCGCUCACAUUGGCCAGUUCUUCUUUAUGAAGGACUGUCCUUACCAGUUUCCCGUGUUUCUCUAUGUCAUCGGUUCAUAUGGGCUGGUCUUCCUGGUCCUGUUCCUCAACUUCUACUAUCACGCCUACACCAAGGGCAAGAGGCUACCCAAGGUUUUUCAGAAUGGAAACUACCUUCUCAAGAAAUAUGAGUGAUCUUUCCAUUAGCCACCUAAAAGUGAAGCUCUGACCUAUUAGGUGGGGAUAUUCCUUUUUAUUUCGUCUGUUCAAGUUCCACUUCCCUGUUUUAUGUUAAAACUAAUGUGGAAUACACCCACCUUAUAUCACUGGAUUUAAUACAUCCGAACUCUGCACACUGGUGUUUCACUAGAGAUGCUGUCCUCAUUUUUGUUGUCUUCACUUAAGGCUUUGAAAUGAGUAUGGGGUGUGAAGUACAGUAUUUUCAUCCUAUAUCCUCUCACUUACUUGUAAAUAUUGAAUUUCUUAGCUUUGGAGUAUGAUUGAGCUGCUGGCCAAAUCUCAAAAGGUUAUGAGAGCAAAGGUGAUUUGAAGUUUGUUGCUAAAAGGGUUUUUGAAGGUUAUGUUUUAGUUGACUAAAUGAGCCUGAAGCCCUUUUACCCUUGAGGAACGCUUGACUGAUCUACCUGGAUGUGCUCGACCCUAAAAGUUUACCGCGUACUGCAGAAGUGACAUCAUCUGAAGUUAUUUUGUCAGUGAUUUAUGUUGUGUGAUUAUUUAUUCUUUAAUGUUGCUAUUUCUUAAUGUGGUGUUUUUUUUAAAAAAAAUGAUAUUGAUCUGUAUGAAUUACCUGUUAUGCUUUUAUGUUCUAAGGAAAUGCUAGACAAGAACAACGUUACAGGACUUUUCCCCUGUUUUUUUUUUUUUGUCUUUUUAAAUGUCUUCCUAUUCUGUGAAAAAGAAAUUGUUUUAUAGUGAAACAAAAUAAAUUAUUUGUCACU